CCGUAUAGCACAGAGCCACCAAAUGGACGAAUCCACUCAUUUUCAUUUCUUCCACUAUCUAUAAAUCCACCAUUUUCAUCACUCAUUCAAGCAAUUACGCCAUGAAAAUUUCUUGAAAUCAUUGGGGGGAAAAAGCCACCCUUUUCGCCAAAUCUGAGAAUUCUGAACUCACAUUCGAAUAAUUGAAACUCUGGUUUUUGCUCUGUUUGUGAAAGUUCCCAAAUAUGGUUUCGCUAGAAAAUUCUCAUUCUCAUGUUUCUUCUACUACCCAUUACUCCCAAACAAGGCAUUAUUACUAUACUCCACCGCCGUCCUUCGGUAAAGUUCACCACCGUUCAAUUGGCCGGUCCAUGCGCACUAUCCGGUCCAAUCUGUACCAACCCGACUGCGAAAACUCUGGUCCGGUUUACGAGAACCUUACAGAUUCCGUCGUUGAUUUUCGCCUUUCCGAGCUAGCGAAGAAGCCGACGGUUGAUAAAUCUUCUACUUCCGAUGUGGAAUUUCUGGAAUUAUCGCAAACUUUCAGUGAUUUAUCGGCGAGUAGCAGUGAUAUUUCCGGCGAGUUGGAACGUUUAGCUUACAUCCCCAAUUCGGAUCCGAAUCGAAGCUCCGGUACUGAACCCGACCCGGAACCGGUACUGUUUUCGACGGAGAUAAUAGAAAGCAUUGAGCCGGAGGAUCUUCAACCGACGGUGAAACUCUGCGUCGACAGUUUACAUUCACCGUCGGUGGCUGUGAAAAGAUCGGCGGCGGAGAAAUUAAGGUUCUUAGCUAAAAAUCGAGCUGAUAAUCGUGCUUUAAUCGGAGAGUCAGGUGCUAUUCCGGCAUUGUUACCGCUUCUCCGGUGCUCUGAUCCAUGGACUCAAGAACACGCUGUAACAGCUCUUCUCAAUCUCUCACUUCAUGAACCCAAUAAAACCUUACUUACGAAUUCCGGGGCGAUAAAAUCUUUGAUUUACGUGUUGAAAACGGGCACUGAAACGUCGAAACAGAAUGCAGCUUGUGGGUUGCUAAGCUUAGCUUUGAUAGAUGAGAAUAAAUUAUCCAUCGGUGCUUGUGGUGCUAUUGCCCCAUUAGUUGUGCUGUUAAUAAAUGGAACGAAUCGGGGGAAGAAGGAUGCGUUAACGACGUUGUAUAAGCUAUGCACGGUGAGAUUGAAUAAAGAACGGGCGGUGAGUGCUGGUGCUGUGAAACCUUUGGUGGGGUUAGUGUGUGAGGAGGGAACAGGGUUAGCUGAGAAGGCUAUGGUGGUGUUAAGUAGCUUAACGGGGACCGAAAUGGGGCAAGAAAGUAUAGUUGAGGAAGGAGGAAUUGCUGCACUUGUGGAAGUUAUUGAAGAUGGAUCUGAUAAAGGGAAGGAAUUUGCAGUGAUGACUCUUUUGCAGCUAUGUGUUGAUAGUGUAAGGAAUAGAGGACUUCUUGUUAGGGAAGGAGGAAUUCCUCCUCUUGUCGCCUUGUCGCAGACUGGAACUGCCAAAGCUAAGCACAAGGCAGAAACAUUAUUGGCAUACUUGAGGGAACCAAGACAAGAAGCUUCUACUUCAACUCCUUAGAGAGGUAGCUUAGAUGGUCUUCUACAUUUGAGUAUUUUCUGUUUAUAGGAUGUGAUUUGAAGAGUUUGUACAGAGUGGUUUAUAAAUUUAGAAGUUCAUGACAUAUGUCAAGGUAAUCAAGAAAAUAAAUAUGAAGUUAGUUUAAGGAAACUGACCUAUAUAGGUAAAUCUUUUACUAGGUAUUACAUAGGAGUUGCAAGGGGUGGUGGGAAGGGUUCUCAUGUCCCUUUUGAAUUAUUAUCUAUGAGGUUGUUUGGUAGGAAUUUGAUAAUGAUCCCUUAGUUUUGUUUGGGUGGUCCAAAUUCUUCUGAAAGGGUCACUAAUUUUCUGAUUCUUUAGUGUGUAAAAAAGCUACUAUUUCAGUAUGCUUGAGUCUUUUUUGGUUCUUGAACAAGAUUACAUUGGUAGUUUCUUGAUUUUAUGACUGUAAACAUAUUUGGCCAGUAAUGAGAUAUUUUUUUUGAUUUUUU